AUCAAAGGGGACAGAUUUGAUUCACAAAGGCACUCGUUGUUAUGCCUCUGCGAUUCAACUGCCGUUCCACCCACACUAUGUUCCUCUGGGUAAGCAACCCGUCAUGAGGCGGAAUCCGACCAGCGGUAGGAAAAAAGGCUUAAAAAGUUCAUAUACUAUUCCUUCAUGGAAUUUAGGCGUUGCCUCUCAGAACAAAGAUCAAGUAAUAGGGUUGCCAGCCGGAGUGGUGGGGUCUCAAGAAUUGAUUUUCCUGGAGAUCCCUUCAGUUAAUAAUAGGUCACGAAUAGUAGAAUUUGGAACAAGGGAGAAAAGGGGGGAUCAGGAGAGAAAGAUCCCGAUUUUGUUCAGAAUUUCGACUAUAUGCUUCGUUGUAACCGGAGUUUUUCGAAACUUUUACCGCCACGAAGGCAUUUUGAACAAUGACGAUUAUGGAAGCGCGACUUUAAAGUUGCAUGAAGUUACAGACACUUCAAAAUGUUCGUUAUAG